AUGGCUCUUAGCACCAUUAUGCCUCCUAGCACCAGUAUGGCUCCUAGCACCAUUAUGGCUCCUAGCACCAUUAUGGCUCCUAGCACCAUUAUGCCUCCUAGCAUCAUUAUGCCUCCUAGCACCAUUAUGUCUCCUAGAACCAUUAUCCCUCCUAGCACCAUUAUGCCUCCUAGCACCAUUAUGUCUCCUAGCACCAUUAUGCCUUCUAGCACCAUUAUGCCUCCUAGCACCAUUAUGCCUUCUAGCACCAUUAUAGCUCCUAGCACCAUUAUGCCUCCUAGCACCAUUAUGUCUCCUACCACCAUUAUGCCUCCUAGCACCAUUAUGCCUCCUAGCACCAUUAUGUCUCCUACCACCAUUAUGCCUCUUAGCACCAUUAUGCCUCCUAGCAUCAUUAUGCCUCCUAGCACCAUUAUGUCUCCUACCACCAUUAUGCCACCUAGCACCAUUAUGCCUCCUAGCACCAUUAUGCCCCCUAGCAUCAUUAUGCCUCCUAGCACCAUUAUGUCUCCUAGAACCAUUAUCCCUCCUAGCACCAUUAUGCCUCCUAGCACCAUUAUGUCUCCUAGCACCAUUAUGCCUUCUAGCACCAUUAUGCCUCCUAGCACCAUUAUGCCUUCUAGUACCAUUAUAGCGCCUAGCACCAUUAUGCCUCCUAGCACCAUUAUGUCUCCUACCACCAUUAUGCCUCCUAGCACCAUUAUGCCUCCUAGCAUCAUUAUGCCUCCUAGCACCAUUAUGUCUCCUACCACCAUUAUGCCUUCUAGCACCAUUAUGCCUCCUAGCACCAUUAUGCCUUCUAGCACCAUUAUAGCUCCUAGCACCAUUAUGCCUCCUAGCACCAUUAUGUCUCCUACCACCAUUAUGCCUCCUAGCACCAUUAUGCCUCCUAGCACCAUUAUGUCUCCUACCACCAUUAUGCCUCUUAGCACCAUUAUGCCUCCUAGCAUCAUUAUGCCUCCUAGCACCAUUAUGUCUCCUACCACCAUUAUGCCACCUAGCACCAUUAUGCCUCCUAGCACCAUUAUGCCCCCUAGCAUCAUUAUGCCUCCUAGCACCAUUAUGUCUCCUAGAACCAUUAUCCCUCCUAGCACCAUUAUGCCUCCUAGCACCAUUAUGUCUCCUAGCACCAUUAUGCCUUCUAGCACCAUUAUGCCUCCUAGCACCAUUAUGCCUUCUAGCACCAUUAUAGCGCCUAGCACCAUUAUGCCUCCUAGCACCAUUAUGUCUCCUACCACCAUUAUGCCUCCUAGCACCAUUAUGCCACCUAGCAUCAUUAUGCCUCAUAGCACCAUUUUGUCUCCUACCACCAUUAUGCCACCUACCACCAUUAUGCCUCCUAGCACCAUUAUGUCUCCUACCACCAUUAUGCCACCUAGCACCAUUAUGCCUUCUAGCACCAUUACGCCUCCUAGCACCAUUAUGCCUCCUAGCACCAUUAUACCUCCUAGCACCAUUAUGCCUCCUAGCAUCAUUUUCAACUGCGACUCUGCAGCCGUAAGCGAUGUGGGUUGUGACAACCCGUCCUCCUGGUGUGAUAGUACUUAUAGUGACGAUGAGGACCUGUUGCAAAGAUAA